AUGAUGGCGAAGGAAACAGGUUUGUUCUGCUCUGUAAAGCGUGAACUUCUGGCGUACCUCAAAGGUGAGCGUGAACAACCGCCACAAACUGUGGAUUUACUUGCUCCCAUUCCGGCACCAAUUCCGAUCUCGCGGCUCAUUGAUCAAAAUGAACCGGACACGAAAAAAGCUCGCUAUGAUGGCGAAGGAAACAGACAGCGAAUCCAAAAUCUGCUGAAAGGUGCGGUGACGGGAAGCACUAAAAGUGCAGAAACAGAAGGUGUAAGGGAUCUGAGUGACAAACUGACUGCUGACAAAAUUGCGGCGCUCAAGAAUAAACGGAAAAAGAAUAUGGCUAGAAAUACAAUCAAAUCAGUGGACGAUCGGUUGGGCAACCAUAUGGAUUUUGAUGUGCCAGAGGUUACUGCUGAUGCACUUGACCGUGAACUGAAGAGCAAAGAACGAGUGUGGAGGAAUCGGACUACUAUCAUGGAAGCAGCCUCGAAAGAGUUCACGCCGAUCCUUUCAAUUUUACACAGCUUCAGACUCCGCGACGAGGCAGCACAACGCCAGAAGUCAGCGGUACCACCGUCAAGAACGGCAGUGGGUGAUCGCGGCAAAACACAGCCUAUCGGCUACUCACGUUACGAUCAGGAGAGAUUCAACAAGGAUCAGACUGCUGGUUUCAACAUCGAAACUGGGCUUACUUUCCAAGGCACAUCGAUAAUGUCCGUCUCGGGAGCAAAGCCAAUGGUUGCCAUCGAGCCAUCAGCACCAACCAGAGCAAUGGUACUUGGUGCAGACAACACAGCACCACGAUAUCAGAAGAGGCAAUCGCGGACGCCGAUCAUAAUCAUUCCAGCAGCAGGCACAUCGCUCAUCACGAUGUUCAAUGUCCGAGACAUACUGCAAGAUAUGCGCUUCGUGGCAACAGAAGAAAGGAAAGCAACAUGUCGAAGGGAAAGUGAAAUACUGAUCCAGAGACUGAAGCAGGAUGGCGUCACUGUUCCGUACAGAAUUGUUGAUAAUCCCUUCAAAUUUGGGGACGAUGAAUGGAGCCGAGUUGUUGCUGGUCCAGCAUGGCAGUUCAAGGGCUGGCGGUGGAACGGUAGUCCCACGGACAUAUUUGCCAAUGUUUCAGCUUUCCAUCUGAUGUUUGAUGAUCAAAAAGUAGAUGAUAAUAUAGCGAAGUGGAGCGUCAGUAUCCUGAAGCUGUCACGCACGAAGCGACAUUUGGAUCGCGCUAUAUUGGCACGUUUCUGGGAAGCACUUGAUCGUUACAUUAUCAAAAAUAAACCUCAUCUUCGGUUUUAA